AGUGAGACCUCCGCUGGCUCCGUUGUGACAGCUGCCGCCCGCCCGCCCGCUCUCUCUCCGCUCUCUCUCCGCUCGCCGUCGGUAACCGGAGGACAUUUUGAGCCCGUGCGGUCGGUCGGUCAACCCAACGCCGGUGAUCCAGAGCCUCCUCCCUUUCCCCCACGUCCCCGGCGAUCCGCACCCGGAGCUCGGCCUCUGCGCCUCGUUUACCCGCCGCCUCCAACUUCCAACCGCCGCCACAGUGUUCAACCUUAGCACCGUUUUAGCACAGUCCCAUGCUAGUGUUGUUAGCCCGCUAAGCUCCGCUCUUCCCCCGGCCUGGCCUCCUCCUCUUCUCCGCCGCCUGCUCCCGCUCGACAGCCGGCCCCCUCGGCGCAGACACAAUGGCUUUAAAGCGGAUUUCUAAGGAGCUAACGGACCUGUCCAAAGACCCUCCGGCGCAGUGCUCAGCUGGACCAGUGGGAGAAGACAUGUUUCAUUGGCAGGCCACUAUAAUGGGCCCUCCGGACAGUCCAUAUCAAGGAGGAGUCUUCUUCCUCACCAUUCACUUCCCCACAGACUACCCCUUCAAACCACCUAAGGUGGCCUUCACGACCAGAAUCUACCACCCCAACAUCAACAGUAACGGCAGCAUCUGUCUGGACAUCUUGAGAUCGCAGUGGUCUCCAGCGCUAACAGUCUCAAAAGUCCUAUUGUCCAUCUGUUCUCUGUUAUGUGACCCAAACCCUGACGACCCUCUAGUGCCCGAGAUCGCCCGCAUCUACAAAACCGACCCCGCUAGAUACAACAAGACAGCUCAGGACUGGACCCAAAAAUACGCCAUGUGAACCCCGCCCCCCCCCCCACCCCCUCCCACCCGUCGCCGCCCCCCCCACCCAUCCACCCACCCUCCACCCUCCUCCCUCCUCCUCUUCACCUUUGCGUUAACCUUUGACCUCUGGGUUGUCCUGACGAUGAAAAUGCUUUGGAAGUGUGUGCUUUUCUUUUCUUGGGGACUUUUGGUGUGUUUGUGCCAACACGCAGGAGCCCGCCCUCGCGCUGCAUGUCUCACAAUCAUGUUUAUUUAAGUUGUUCUGGUUUUUAGUCGAGAGCCGCUGUCACAGGAUUUUAUCAGUCAAUAAAACUGGCUCCAAAACGGC